AUGUCUUUCGUCGUAGAUCAAGUGCGACGAGUGGACUCGCAGAUCGACCGUCUACAGCUGAACGCACCACCACCAGUCGGCCCCAUCAACAUCACUGGCGACGACCAACACUUUCCCUCUGACCGAGCCGAGCACCUGCAAUCCCUGGUCAAAUCGCUCUCCAUACCCUCUACGUCGAGAAACCCUCUUCUCUCCGCCUCUCAGAUCCACCACUACCUCACUCGCGCCCAAAUCGUCCUGCCGGACCAAGGAGAAGACUUGGCUGCUCACAAACACGAUGGUGAAUAUGAGCAAGAGUUGGCUUGGUUGCUGGUUGCAAAGGCUACGGUGCAGGUGUAUGGCUUGAUUCUGUCGCGCUUACUGGAUGAGACGGUUGCGCUUGCAGACGAUGUCUGGUAUUGGGAUCAGGUGCUGGGAAGCCAACACGCUACUGCCCUGUACAGCAUGCAAACCGCACCUUUGCGUCUGGCCGAGUGGAGCAACUACGUUUGGGCCGAUGUGCGCAGGCGAAGUGCAGAUUUCAACAUUCGCGAUGCUGGCGCCGAGGCACAGCAGAGCUUGACCGCCCGCUGGACCGAGUUCUAUGGAUUGGUCAAAGAGGUGGUGAGGGAGAAGGGGGUCAAGGAGAUGCGGAAACGCGUCGUCAGCCCUGUUGCCAGGGUGCGCAGUUCUGUUCGCCAGAAGCAGACUGAGCUCAAGAGAUGCAGGUUGCGUGGUGCCAAUGCCCUGGGCGUCUUGCUGGGAGAGGGCCUGAUGAAUGAAAACAUGCAUGGCGAGGGUUUUGCUACGCCGAAUGGCACUCAAGGUCGGGACAAAUGGAAGGCCAGUGUGGCACGCAAUGUUGCUCUCAUGGAUGCUGUGCUUGCCAAAGUCAACGAGGAAGAGCUUGCUGUUGAUAAAUUCGACGCAGCCAUUGCAGCAGCCACCGACGAUGAUCCACUCUACGAUGUUGAAGUCUACGUCCAGGAGAAUGGCGAGGCUUCCGAACUGGGAGCACACCCUGCGACCAUCGCCGACAGGCUGAUCAGGAUGCUGCACGCAAGGAUUCCCGAAUACACGCAGCAGUCAAAGGUCAUGGUACAGAAACACGGCAAACCAUCGCGCAUUGUCAGAUAUUGGCUGCCCAUCACUGUAGGCAUCCUCUCAUCGAGCACGAUCCUCCGCUACCUGGUCAAUCGCAAAGCAGAGAUUCUCACCUGGAUUCAAGAGUUUGGCCAUACCAUCCGCGACUUCUGGAUCAACUGGUGUGUGGAGCCCACUCGCAAGGUCAUCCAGACAAUUCGCCACGACAAAGAUAGCGAGGUCUCGAUCAUGUCAAAAGGGUCUCUAGAGGGUGACAGAGCCAGCCUGGAGCGCAUGGUUGUGGACUUUGCAGUAGACAACCCAGGCAACGCGACAGACACCGGCAGCCCUCUCACCGACGUAGAGAUUGCAGCUCUCCGAGCCAAAGUGCGCGAAGGAGACCUGACACCAGUACUCAAAGCCUACGAAAAAGACCUCUCCAGCCCCUUCAUGGGCACAAUACGUGGAAACCUGAUCAGAGCAUUGCUUAUCCAAGUGCAAAAGACCAAAGUCGACGUCGAAGUAGCUAUGGGUGGCAUUGACGCAUUGCUCAAGAGUCAAGAAUUGGUGUUUGGCUUUGUGGGUCUCACACCUGGAAUACUCGUCACGAUAGGAAUUUCACGCUGGCUGUCAUCUACACUGACACUACGACGCGGUGCAGACGCCAGUCGCAAGCAAGGCCACAUGAUGCGACAACUGCGCAACAUUGAUCGGGUGCUGACCAACUCGUCGCCCACAGAAUUUGGAGAGCUGUACUACAAGGAUCACGGAUUGCUGUUGUGUGAAGUGCAUGUUUUGCGGGAGGCAGCGCAUAGAGUGAUGCCUGCGCAAAUCUUUCGAGACUUUGUAGAGGACGUGGAGGAGUUGGUUGAUGUGAGGACGGGAGUCAAGAAGCAGAGGAAGGUGAUCAAGCUCCUCCUAAUCGGCGACUCCGGCGUUGGCAAGUCAUGCUGUCUGCUGCGAUUCAGCGAAGACAGCUUCACCCCGUCCUUCAUUACCACCAUUGGCAUCGACUUCAAGAUCCGCACCAUCGAGCUCGACAACAAGCGCGUCAAGCUGCAGAUCUGGGAUACUGCUGGCCAGGAGCGCUUCCGUACCAUCACUACCGCUUACUACAGAGGUGCCAUGGGUAUCCUGUUGGUCUACGAUGUGACGGACGAGAAGAGUUUCAACAACAUCCGCACCUGGUUCUCAAACGUCGAACAACACGCCUCGGAAGGCGUCAACAAAAUCCUCAUCGGCAACAAAUGCGACUGGGAAGAAAAACGCGCAGUCUCAACCGCCCAAGGUCAAGCUCUCGCCGACGAACUCGGCAUUCCAUUCAUCGAAGUAUCCGCAAAGUCAAACAUCAAUGUGGAAAAGGCUUUCUUCUCGCUGGCUUCGGAUAUCAAGAAACGCAUCAUUGAUUCCAGCGGUGGUGGUGCUGCGCAGGGAUCGCAAGGAGGGGCUCAGCAGGUUGAUGUGGGUGCUGGUGGUGCUGGAGUGGGUGGUAUGGGCAAGAAUUGUUGUUAG